GGCUUUAGGGAGCAGAAGGCGCGAGGCAGCCGGAGUGUGCGACUGCCUUAAUAUACACCCGCGGUCCGGUCGGUUCGCACGUUCGUUAUCAUUCAAAUUCGAAUUUCGAACGCGCUUCGAUAGAACGACGAAUUUGAAAAUCGAAUUCCUACCAUGCAUAGCGAUUAUUGAUUUGAACAUCGAAUAUGCAACAUGAGAAAGAAUUAUUGAUUUGAAUGUCGCAUUCGGAACAUGUAUGAAAACUAUUGAUUUGAAAUUCGAAUUCCUUGUGUUAUGAAUAGUUCGUUAUUUUGAAAAUGGAAGUAAGUGCGAUGCCGCCGAUGCCUUUGGACUUUUCUAUGGUUCGUAGCGGAAGCUCGCCGACCAGCCUGAGAGAGUCUCCGAGACCCGUCUCCAACAGCGCCUUCAGAGUCGUCACCCCCAAAGGUGUGUCUGCGAGCGAAGCUCUCCGUAACGGUCUCUGUCAGUCGCUGUGGUCUCCCGCCACUCACCCUGAACCACGUCUGCCAUCACCACAUCCGCCAACCGACAACUAUUCUCCUAGAGAUGAAAUUAAAUUUGGCAUCAAUCGUUUGGUGGGUGAAAGAACUGACGAAGAAGAUAGCGAGUCCCAUAAUAAUGGGACUUCCAGAGCUGAAAACUUAUCACCCACGUCUCGCUGUGGUAGUCCAUGUUGGGAUCCAUCACCUCAUUCCCCUCGCUCGGUUCGUUCAAGUUCCCCUGAACUGGAAGUGGAUUCCCCACCAUCUUCGCCAAGAAGACCGCCAGAUACUUCGCCACCAUUAAAAAGAUCCGAGGCGUUUUCUGUGAGCGCCUUAUUAAGACCCGAUGCGCCGAGGGUGCAGCCUCAGCGACCAUUCUUAUAUCCGCCGUUACCGUUUGCUGAAUUCUUGAGAGAUGCAGGAAAUCUUGGUUUACCGGGAUGGGGAGGCUAUAGCAAUUUAUACCUGCACGCAGUUCAGGCUGCGGGUCCUGAACUUUUAAGGUUGAGGGCAGCAGUACUCGGGGCUCCAAGUCCUCUAUCAAGACCUUUACCAAUCGGCGACGUAUACUCUUGCGUGAAAUGCGAGAAGAUGUUCAGUACACCUCAUGGUUUAGAAGUCCACGCAAGGAGAUCCCACAACGGAAAAAGACCAUUCGCCUGUGAGCUCUGCAGCAAGACAUUCGGCCACGAAAUAAGCCUGAGUCAACAUAGGGCUGUCCACAGCGUGGAGAAGGUGUUUGAGUGUAAGCAGUGCGGGAAGACAUUCAAGAGAUCUAGUACUCUCUCGACACACCUCCUGAUACACUCGGACACACGACCCUACCCCUGUCAGUACUGCGGCAAACGUUUCCAUCAGAAAUCCGACAUGAAGAAGCAUACGUACAUCCACACUGGUGAAAAGCCUCACAAAUGCCAAGUAUGCGGCAAGGCCUUCAGUCAGAGCUCAAACCUGAUAACGCAUUCGCGGAAGCACACCGGCUUCAAGCCUUUCGCCUGUGACCUGUGCGGGCGGGCGUUCCAACGGAAGGUCGACUUGAGGCGGCAUAGAGAGACGCAGCACGCGGACCUGAGACAGCAGCAUAUGCCGCAUACUGACGUGCACGCCAUGCAUGCUGAUAUGCAUGUCGGAGAACGCAUGGAUCUCCGCCAACCACAUCCGGAUCUUCGUCAACCCGAUUUCCGGUUGAGUAGCGGAGUGCCCCCCCUCCAGCCGCUGCCUUCCUGAACCACAACCGCCUUCGCGCCAUGGCGCUAAGGCUUCACACAACCGAAGGUUCCCGACCCCUUAACCAUCACGUCAGAGGUUAAAUCUUUUAACCGUCUACAUAAAUACCAAAGAACUAUAGUGAUUUUUACUUCAGUUAUAAAUCCCAUCUCCAUGUUAAAUGUUUUAUAGUGUUUACACAGUUUUUUAGGUUUUGUAAGAGUUUUAAUAUAAUUUAUUUUCUAUGUAUGUAGAGAGGAUACCGCCAAAGACAUUAUAUGUGAACUAUUGCACCAGCACCUCUAGAUGUAAAGUAUUUAAGGUAACUUAAGUGAUGUCGUAAGCUUUUGAUCUCAGUGUAAAAUUCCUGGCUGUUGUGUCUACGUUAUAAAAUGCAAGAUAAUAUAUAUGUAUAAAAAAUAUUAGGAUACAAGAGAUCAUUGUGAGGGCGGUUUACGUAUCGAAGAUAUAAUUUUCAUCAUUAUGUACAAAUUAAUUUUACUCUAUAUAUAUAAUUAAUUUAAUCGCACUGAAAACUGAUACAUUCAAGGUAGAAAUAAGUUGAACAUUUAUUUUAAGAUCAAUGUAGUCAUUCCGAUGAAACAUCUCUACGUACACAUAGUAUAUAGAAAGCUUGUAAUAAGAUUCAACCAAAAAAAAUAUAUAAGACAUUUAAUUUAAUUUGAACAAAAAGUAGUCUAACUCACGCUUGUAUUAGAUGUUAAAUUUACAUAUAAAUAAUAAAAAAACAUUGAAAGAAAAACUCAAAACUCACACACACGUUAACGCUCACUUUACUGUCACACAACAGCGUAAUCUGUUGUCAAGUGAAAUCCGUUAUGCCAAACUACAAUAUAAAUAAUAGUCGAUAUUGUAUAUAAGAAAUAUUUAAAAAAUAAAUCAGUUUCAUACGUAAUCUGUAUACGAAUGUCUUAUAAUCUCGUGUCUAGUUGUAUAGAUCGUCAGUUCGUUACGAUUUUCAUGUUUACGUUAUAAAUAUAUAUAUAUAUAGAUUUUUUUUCAUCAGUCAUACAAAUAGGUAAUAUUUGAGUAUCACACAAGUGGCAGGUCUUUUUGGAACAUUUGUAGAUAGUGUUUAGAUUCACUUACGUAUUUCAUUAGUAAAUUACAGGUACGUUGUUUUAUCGUGUUUGUAUAGCCUCUGGUGUAUUGAGAGAUAUUAUUCUUUAAGUUCUGAAAUCAGAUUUUAACGAAUCGUUAUUCAUGUUGGAGCGUAAUAUGUAAAUAUUGUAUAAAGUAUAACAUAAUCGUGUUAACAUAACCCAAAGACGAACGUGCAAUCCAAAUGUCAUUGUAAUAUCUAUUAUAUACCUAUUAUUAGCACUUAAAUAAAUAACUAUGUAUAUUAUAAA